UGGACCUCAUUUCCUAUUUACGGUCUCUUUCUUCUGCAACGAAAGCGUAGGAUAUAUAGGAUGAUGCAUAGCUAAGCAGUGGAUAGCCAAACAAAAGAAAAGGGUGGAGAACAGAAAAUAAUAAUAAUAAAGAUUAUUUCAGUGGCUUUUGGGCUUUCAAGUGUUACUGAUUAAUAUUAUUAUAUUGAAGGAAUUAGAAAAAGUAUACUGCUGCUGGUAUUGGGUUUUGGAUUGAAGAGAUGGAUUGACGAUGAGAUGAUUUUAAUGGGGUUCUCAGAGUCUGGGUAUUGGUGAAAGCACUUCUCCAUCACUUCUUCCCCGAACUCUGAAUGAUAGCUCUUCAGGGAAACAGAGAGGGUGAAAUUUCAUUGAUUUCUUGCGAUUCAGUGGAGGGGAAAUGGAUGGAGGACAGCAAAAAUUAUUGAAGAUUUAAGCUUGUUUUCUCUUUUUCUUGUGUUCAGCGAUUCUGGGUGUUGGAAAAUUAAUCGUGUACCAGUCCGUGGCUUCUUGGGGUUGAAGGAGUUCGGUCGAUGGGGAAGAAGAAGACCCCACAAAAGACGAAACAGAUUUCUAUCGGAAUAGCGGACGCUUCGUCGACGGCGGAGGAGCCGCAGCAGCAGACGCCCAGAAAGAGGGGGAGGCCUCGGAAGAUCGUGGAGAAAGCGAUUGAGGAAGAAGAAGAAGAAGUCAAGCAUGAAGAAGAAGCAGCGAAAGAAGCCAAAGACGUAACAGAGCAGGCUCAAGAAACAGAGGACGCUUCCGAGACGAAAUCGAAGAAGAUCAAAAUCGCAGAGGAGGAAGCAAAGGCAACAGGAGCGUCGUCUUCCGGCGGAGAUUUAACGAAGGAAGGAGGAAAAACAGAGGAUUCGUCGCCGGGGCCUCGGAAAAGCAGAGCAAGACGAAAAAGCAAGCCCAGGAAAAGCAGCUGAAACAAUUAUGAAUGGAUAAAAUCGAAGAAAAGAAGAUCCAGAGAUGGCUUCUUCUUCUUCUUCUUUUUACUUUUCUUCAUGUUCUUGUUUCGUUUGAUAUGCAGAUGAUGUACGGUGCUUCUGGGCUCUCUCCCCCAUUAAAUUAAGUAGGGGGAGAGGAAAACAGAGCAUAGAUUUUCGCUUUUGAUUGCAGAAAUGCGACUGUUGAUGACCGUCUCUAUAUGUUAUAUUCGCAAAUCGUUUUGUGUGCUGAGGAAGAAGGGUUCUAGAAUUAAAGAUUUGUUUGAA